AGACGUAGGGGGAAUUCGGGGAAUUCCCAUCCGAUCUAUAUUGUGCGUCUAGUCUACAGAGAUAGCAAGUGCGCGUGGAAGCGAAAUCAAACUCUACAAUUUUCAGCACUUGUGUAAGGAGUCAACUGUACGUGCCUUACUUAGGCUAUCAAAUAGGGUAUCAUUUUAAAAAGAAAUAAACACACUUUCGAAUGAUACCAAACAUAGAGAUGAUCAUCAUGCCAUGACAGGAGAGAUACAAUCGAUCAAAUUUGAGUUCCUCAACUUCUUUUUUCGCGAGUUUAAUUUCUGCUCUUUUUUGUGUGUCGACGGUUGUUCCGCUGAGACUGCUGCGUCUGGCUGCACAGCUGAUCGCCUCUAUACAUUGCGUACUACAGAGACUGAAGCACAUGCAUCGUACGGCUUGUAAUAGUGACGUGAGUGAAGGUUUUGCUAGUGAUUGCCGAUUUCAUCGCUUCCAGUUUUUUCUACGUUGAAGAAGACGGUCAGAUUAUCUGAAAAUCUAUGUUGACAUUGACAAGGGAACCAAUGUGACAUUAGCAUCCUGACCCAACUAUGGCGUUUCCAAGGAGUUACAGUGACAGUGCACUGAGUGCUGGUGUUCAAUGCGAUGCAAACCCUGGUGCUGACUCUUCUAAAUUCCGCAGUCUACUAAUCAAAAUCAGCAAAGGAUUAGGAGAGAAUGAUAUAGAGAAGCUGAAGUACCUGUGCCAGGACUUGGGAGUUGCCCAUUGCAGUUUUGAGAAAAUGACCCGGGGCACCCACCUGUUUCGCGAGCUAGAAAAGCUGGAGCUGAUCAAAGCAGACGACAUUUCACUGCUGGUCGUUCUGAUGCAGGCAAUCAAUCGCUACGACCUGGUGACGAACCUCAAAUCAUGGAGCAGCAAAGAAGGGAAUUUGGCCCACAGGUUGAGUGCAUAUAGGAGUCUGAUGCUACAAAUAUCUGACAGUCUGAGUCGAGACGAGAGGGACCAGUUUACUUUUUAUCUCAGUGGUGGUGACUCUCCUCUUCCUGUUGCAGCCAUCGAGGAAUGCAAGUCACUCUUACAGCUCUUUGUCCUGAUGGAGAAGAAAACAUUGAUAGGCCCAGAAAAACUGGAAUACUUCACCAAAAUCAUGCAAUCCAUUGAGAAUCUAGCCAUUGUCAAAGAUAUAGAGGAUUACCAGCUAGCCAUUGAAAGGUUAUCAGUACAUGAAAUACAACCGUCUUCCAGCCCUAAUUGUCAAGGGAUACUACCUCCACAACAACAUCAACCCUACCACAAUUAUCCUCCACAACAAUACCAUCAACCACAGCAACAGGCAACACCAUCAUUCAGUCAGCAGAACCCACAGCAAUGGCAGCAUGGACAGCAACCAGCAAUAAAGAAGGAACCUAAGGACAGAACAAGCAACACAACCUCUGGUUUGACUGUUGGACCUGAGAAGGCAAAGUGGUACUAUGAGGCUGUUCAAAAGAAUGGUGUUGCCUAUGCUGAUAAGUUAUGGGAGAACGUGGUGCAGAAGAUGUUAGAAGAUGAAGUAAUGAAGAAAAUGCAGGAGAUAAAUAUUGCUCAGCAGAGGAGGGCAGCAGAGAGCAUGUCCUCUGUCAAGACGGAACCAGGUGGUGACAAAAGGGAAGCAUCGGUCACAAGGGACCUUCGCUUGGGACCAAUAGAAGAUACAACAAGAUCACAAGAAUCAGAGCAAAGCAGCACACUCACUAACGAGGGACAGAUAGUUCCUGCCCAAACUGCUACUGAUACACCACAUCCAAAUACAGAAUCAGAGCAAAGUUGCACACUCGCUAACGAGGGACAUAUGAUCGUACCUGCCCAAACUGCUACCGAUACUCCACAUCCAAAUACAGAAUCGGAGCAAAUUAGCAGCACACUCACUAACGAGGGACAUAUGGAAGUACCUGCCCAAACUGCUACUGAUAUACCACAUCCAAAAAAAGAUGCAGGCCGUAUCCGAGAUUCGCUAAAGUACAAGAUGGAUAGGUUGCCAAGAGGAAUGUGUAUUAUCUUCAACGGAGAGAAUUUUACAACAAAAGAUCUAAAAAAAAGAGAUGGCACUCAAAAGGAUGUUGAGGCUUUGCUGAACACUUUCCAAAAUAUUCUGAAGUUUGAAACUCAAGUCAAGAACGACCCAACUGAUGAGGAAUACGAAGAGUGUCUGCAAGAGCUCGCAAAAAUGGACCAUUCAAAAUUUGAUUGUUUUGUCUGCGUCAUACUGUCGCACGGAUGUGAUGGCCAUGUUUAUGGCAAAGAUGGAGGAGAGGUGUCCAUUAGUGCCUUGACAGGAUUAUUCAACGGCAUGUCGGUGCAUCCAUCUCUUGUGGGCAAACCCAAAGUAUUCUUCAUCCAAGCUUGCCGGGGAGCAGUACCUCAAGAAGCAUUUCCCAUCCAGACAGACGGACCUACUAUGAUAGCAAAUGAAUCAGACACCCUCGUCAGUCAGGCCACAGUCGUGGGGUAUGCUUCCUGCAGACGUGCUAAUGUGGGAUCUUUGUUUAUAAUUUCGUUGUGUGACAUCAUCGACGCCAACUACAAGAAAGAGGAUCUUCUUUCGAUGCUUACCAUGGUUAAUGAGCGGAUGAGUCAUCAAAAUUUAAAAGGAUAUUGGAAGUACAGUGGGAAGCAGAUUGGGAAUCCUUCUCACACCCUACGCAAAAAAAUCUUCUUCAAUGAAGGACUGGAUGAAUAGACAUUUGCUUUAGAAGCAU